AUGCGCGGAUACAUUGUCCCUGUGCUGGCUUCGGUCGCUCUGUCUCGAGCUUCCACCCUUCCAUCCGACCACUCGUCUUCAAAGCGAGCAGUAAUCAGCUGGGAUGAUGCGUACUCGAAGGCGACGACUGCCCUCGCAAAGCUGUCCAUCGGCGACAAAGUCGGUAUCGUCUCAGGAACAGGAUGGCAAGCCGGCAAUUGCGUUGGUAACACGAAAGCUGUUGGCUCGAUCGGCUACCCCUCUCUGUGUCUGCAGGAUGGUCCACUCGGUAUCCGCUAUGUCAUGGGCGCGACCGCCUUCUCCGCUGGUAUUCACGCUGCGUCGACCUGGGACGUCGACCUGAUCCGUGAACGCGGCAGCUUUCUGGGACAGGAAGCCAAGCAACUCGGGAUUCACGUCCAGCUCGGUCCUGUUGCCGGUCCUCUGGGCAAGAUCCCCACAGGUGGCCGGAAUUGGGAAGGUUUCGGGCCAGACCCUUACCUAACCGGUAUCGCAAUGCAAGAGACUAUUGAAGGAAUGCAAGAAGCGGGCGUGCAAGCUUGCGCCAAGCACUACAUUGGCAAUGAGCAGGAGCUGAAUCGCGAGACAAUGGGCAGUAAUGUUCCAGAUCGAGUGAUGCAUGAGCUGUACCUUUGGCCGUUCGCAGAUGCUGUUAAGGCCAAUGUGGCGAGCGUUAUGUGCAGCUAUAACAAGAUCAAUGGAACAUACGCUUGCGAAAACGGCGGAAUCAUCAACAAACUGCUGAAGGAAGAGCUUGGCUUCCGCGGAUACAUGAUGUCCGAUUGGAAUGCUCAGCACACCACGACGGGCAGUGCCAAUGCUGGCAUGGAUAUGACCAUGCCCGGAAGCGACUUCAACAAGAAGAAUGUCCUCUGGGGCGCAGCACUUCAAUCCGCAGUCCAAAGCGGGCAGGUUCAGCAGUCUCGUGUCGAUGACAUGGUGAAGCGCGUGCUUGCAGCAUGGUACCUUGUCGGUCAGGACAAGGGAUAUCCGACAGCUACCUUCAACUCCUGGAAGAUCGGCUCCCAAAAUGUCGGCGGAAACCACAAGACGAAUGUGCGCUCUAUGGCUCGUGAUGGCAUAGUUUUGCUGAAGAACACUGCGAACGCUCUUCCCUUGAGCAAGCCGAAGAGCAUCGCGGUUAUUGGCAGUGAUGCCAUUGUGGCUCCUAAGGGCGCGAAUGCAUGUGCCGACCGCGGCUGCAACGACGGAACUCUGGCGAUGGGCUGGGGAAGCGGAACGGCGGAAUUCCCGUACCUUGUCGCCCCCCUCGACGCUAUCAAGACCCAGGCUCAAAAGGACGGCACCAGCGUCACCACCUCGACCAACGACAACGCCCAGCAGGGUGCUUCGGCUGCUCAGAACGCGGACUAUGCGAUUGUUUGCGUGAACUCUGACUCCGGUGAGGGCUACAUUACGGUAGAGAGCAAUGCUGGCGACCGAAAGAACCUCAACCUAUGGCACAAUGGAGACGCGCUUGUGCAAGCUGUUGCUCAGGUCAACAAGAAGACCAUCGUUGUCGUGCAUAGCGUCGGACCAGUCAUCAUGGAGUCAUGGAUUGAUAACCCGAAUGUUGUUGCUGUAGUCUGGGCCGGUUUGCCGGGUCAAGAGUCUGGCAAUGGCCUCGUGGACAUCCUCUAUGGGUCGACCUCCCCAAGCGGAAAGCUGCCAUACACUAUUGCGAAGACGCAGCAAGACUACGGCACCAAUAUCGCCUCUGGUGAUGACUCUACAUGGGAUCUGUUCAUCGAUUACCGCAGGUUCGAUCAGCAGAAGAUUGAGCCUCGCUUCGAGUUCGGCUUCGGUCUGUCCUACACCAACUUCACCUACAGCGACAUCGCUAUCACUGGCAAGCCCACGUCUGGCCCUGCAAGCGGUACCAGGGGUGUUGGCGGUCCUGCCGACCUCUGGGAGACCGUUGCUACCGUGACUGCCAAGAUCACGAACAGCGGCGGAGUUGCCGGCGCUGAGGUGCCCCAGCUGUAUGUCGGUUAUCCGUCGAGUGCGCAGACGCCGCCGCAGCAGCUCAGGGGCUUCAACAAGCUCAAGUUAGACGCCGGCGCUAGCGGUACCGCGACGUUCCCGUUGAGGAGGAGGGAUUUGAGCGUCUGGCAAAACGGACAGUGGGUCGUGCCGAGCGGCGACUUUACCGUGAGCGUGGGCGCGAGUUCGAGGGACAUUAGGUUGACGGGGAAGAUCACUGUCUAG